GUUAGCGCCACAGGCAAGUGUAGAUUAAUAAUGGCGACAAAAUCAACUGCGAUGUUAGAACGUCUUGAUAAAAGGGGCAUUCCCAAGUCGAAAAGAAAACUCCAGAAGCAUCUACGCAGUGCAGGAUUAGCCUACAUAUCCCGUACGGGUAAAUUGAUACCAGCCAAAAAGGUGGCAGAAGAAUUAUGUCAAUGUCCUCACAAAUGUGAUUCCAAUGUGCCUAUGGAGGCGCGUCAGCACCUCUUCAAUCAUUUUUACGGUCUCGGCGAAGCCGAUUUACAAAAUAAAUUUUUACGACAACAUAUGGACCUUCGAGCCAGAUUGAAUAUACCGGAAACGUCGACGUCGGGACGACCACCUCGCCGUAUAACCUGCAAGUAUUUGGUACCUCUACUACCUUCCGCGGAAACUGUCGAAGUAUGUCAAAAAGCUUUCGUAAGCGCCUUCGUUAUUACCACAAAGAGAGUUAGAUUACAAAGGGAAAAACUCAUAGCUAGUCUAGGUUUGAACAGUUACAGCAGUCACAAUAGAAGUAAGAAUAAUAAUAAUACGACGAUGAAGAACAACAAUAAAUCCCAAUCUGACAUACCGUCGCAAUCGACUGAUUGCGAUUUAUUUAACUACCUCCCGUUACCUUUAAAAUUGAUGAAGUUACCAUCGACCGCCGCCGCCGCCGACGAGGGAACCGACGGCGGGGGAAACACCGUCACCGCAAAAGUGCCUUUACGCGUCAAAUCUAACAGAAAACAACUUAUUGAUAAUCCCCUUAUACCGUUCGGUAUAUUAGUACCGGAUGGGGUAACUAUCGCUCCGGUUAUCGCUACCCCGGAUCACGAUAGGGAUAUAGCGAUUGUACACAAUUUCUUUUCUAAUCAAUUGUGGAAACCCGAAUAUAUCGGGGCUUAUUCGUGAGAUGGUGUUCGGUUGGUAAGUUGAGAUGAUGUUGUCCUGCCCGUUCGUACUUAGUUAAUCAAAAAAAAAUUAUAUAUAUAUAUAUAUAUAUUUACAUAUUACGAUCAAUAAUUUUUACAAGAAAAAAAAAAUUUAUGUCUUGUUAUUUAUAUUCAUAGUUUAUUUUAUAGUUACUAAUUAUUUGUUUGACAGGUUAAUCGAUGUGAUAGUUCAAUGUUUCAUAAAUACUAUUAUUGCCACGGCCUUCGGCCAUUUUGUAUAUUUAAAAAAAAACGUCUAGUUCCUAUCUCCACAGAUGGUUAUAGUAAUAAUUUUUGUAACCGGCGCGGUUCGGAUCGUGUGAUCGUAGUUUUAGUUAUAACUUACUUUUUUAUUGAUUUUUUUUGAGUUUUUCGAUUCACUGGAAUUUGCGUUUUGUAUCUUCUUCUUUUUUUAUUUACCUACCGUAUUUUCGGUCAAAAAAAAUGAAAAAUUAUUGACAAAUUUUUUCGACGUAUUUAAGGGAAAAUUGAUAUCUCUGUUUGAAAAUCCAAAUUUCGAUAAGUUUUUAAACUAUAAUUUUUUUUCAAUUAUCCAAAAAGUUGAGAUUCUUUAUAAAUUAACAUUUUCGAUAUGUUUUUUCCGUUUUGUUCAUUUUUUUUACGCAAAAACCAGAAUUUUUAACCCUUUUUUUAUCGAUAGAAAAAAAAUAAAAAUCGAAUUAUUAGGAUGAUUACCAGUUAACAAAUUUUUCUACACUGAAUAAAUCAUUGUUAAACGAAAAAGAAAUCUUAAUUUAACCUAAUAUAAAAUAUAAUUUUUUUUUCAUUUUUUAUGAUCAAAAAUCCCAUUUCCAAAUAGUCAUGUUUUUUUGUAAUUUUUUACGUAUAUAAUUAUUUGGAAAAAGUGAAUUUUGUUCGCUUGUAUUCUUCAUACAGUUUAACUUCAUUUUCCUAAAAAAAAUAUAUGAAACGUCAAUGAUUUCGAAAUAUUUGGAAAUUAUUGUUGAAUUUUAUAUAAUAAUCUAUUGGGAUUAACAAAAAUCCCAAUUUAUCUCAAUUAUAUCGUUUUUUCUUUAUUAUUUACCUUUUUUUACUUUGGAAUCAUUAUUUUUUAAAUGCCAUUUUAUGUAAAAUUUUCUCGAAAUUAUUUUUUUCCAAACAACUCAUUUAUAUCUAUACACCCUGUAAAUAAUGUUCCCUAUUGACUUCCUAUUAUUUAUUUGUUAUUUUUGUCCAUAAAUCAUCACAAUAUCUUCAAUCAUUUUCAACUUUCUUAAAAAAAAGAUAAUUCCGUAAAAAGUGUCAUUUGGUACAUGAGUUCUUUAUUUUUAACUCUAAAUUUCACGCAUUUUUUCUUUGUGAAAUGGAAAAUAUCCUUAAUAUAUCGUAUGAAAAUGCAGGAAUUUACUUUGUAUCGUUAACUUACAUUAACACUUUUUACUUUCUUUCUCAUGGAGUCAUUAAAAAAAUCGUCAUUAUUUAUUUAUAAAAUAGCGUCAUUUGGUUCAUUAUUCUAAAAUCUCGUUUUUUUGUUAAACACUAUCACACGAUUCGUUUAAAAUCAAUGGCUGUUGUGAUGUUUAUCGCCAAAUGAACCCAAGGCAGUAAUAAGUAUAUUUUUAAGGCAAUUAUCAAAGCGUGAACAAUUUUUUAAAUAUGAAAUCAAAAAAUUGUAAAUUCUACGGAAAUUUUUUUUUUUAUUUAUAAAUUACACUGUAUGGAAUCAUACCAGAUAUAACGUAAUUUUACGUUACUAGUCUUGUUUUAUUUAUAGAAAAAAAAACGGUGGUGCUUAAUGGAAGAUUAAAUCUUCCUGGAUCUAGUCUCCUGUUUAAAAAAAAUACACUGCCCAGAAAAAAUAACGCACCCACUUCAAUAUUUUGAACAAUAUUUUCAUAUCAAGUAUAUUCUAAUUCAAUGAUAUUAACAACAUUUGGUAUAGAAAAAUCUCAUUUUUUGGAGCUCUUUGUUGAGUUACCAAAUUUUCAGUUUCUUUCGCUUACUUUCUUUUGAAUUUUUCAAAAAAGUGCCAUUUGGUACAUAAGUUUUUAAUUGACUAACAUUUUUUAUAAGUAGCUUUUUUUUUCAAUAUUUCUAAUUUAAGGUAAUCCCCAAAAAGGCAUCAUUUGGCAUAUCAAUCCAACAUUCUUAUAUUUCUGCUUCUUUCUUUACGACAUUCUGGAAAAACCGUCAUUUGGUACAUAUUUCUGCUUCGUUCUUUACGAUAUUGUGAAAAAAUACGACAUUUGGUACAGAAAAAUCUCAUUUUCAGAGUCCUUUGUUGAUUUAUCUAAUUUUUUCGCUUCCUUUCUUUUGAAAUAUCCAUAAAAAUGCCAUUUGGUACAUAAGUUUUCAAUCUACAAGUUAAUUUACUUCAAAAUUUUCAAUCUUUUCUACUUUCUUCUUCAAGGUAUUCUCCAAACAAACGAUAUUUGGUACAUGACACUUUCGUUGUUUUAAAAUCAUUUUUCGUUUAUUCAUUUUCUCGUAUAUAAAUCCAACAUUUCUAUAUUCCUGCUUCGUUCUUUACUACGACAUUGUGAAAAAACGACAUUUGGUACAAAAUAACCUCAUGUUUUCGAGUUUUUUGUUUAGUUACCUAAUAUUGAGAUUUUUCCGCAUUCUUACUUCUGAAAUUUUUAUAAAAGUACCAUUUGAUACAUAACUUUUCAGUUUAUAACUUAAUUUCCAAAAACAGGCAUUUGGUACAUGAUAUUUUUGUUAUUUGAUUUCCUUGUAUAAUCAGGAAAAAUUUGCGUUUUUACUCUGCUUUUCAUGAAAAUCGGAGAAAAACUUUCAGACAAGAUUUUUUUGUUUAUUCAAUUUCUCAUAUAUUUAGUCAUAUUUCUACUUCUAUACAUUUAAAAAGAAACGUUGUUAGUUCAGGAAAACCUAAUUUGUAUUCCUUCGUAUAUUUAACCAAUAUUAAGAUUUUUCCCUUUACCUUCUAUUUGAAAUUGUCAAAAAGAUGCCUUUUAGUACAUAACUUUUCAAUUUAGUUAUCUUUUCAACAUUUCUGCUUUCUUCUUUAGUGCAUAUCCAAAAAAACGACAUUUGGUACAUGACACCUUCGUUAUUUCGCAUUUUAUGGUUUAUCAUAGGAUUCUAAGAAAAACGUCGUUUGGUACAUAAUUGUUUUUCGAAUUUCAGAAAUAAUUUAGUGGUGGGUUAUUUUUAAUGGCCAAUAUAUAUGAAAAUCUGUUUGGAAAGUUAAGUAAUCAAAUCGAAAUCAAUUAAAUUAUUAUUAACUCAAUUUCCAAAUGGAAUGUAAAUAUUAUUAUUACAAAACACAUUCCUUCUUAUAUAUAUGUAUGAUAUUUAUUUGUCUUUUCACGCUUUGGUAGGUACCAAUCGCAUUAAACAAUUUUUAUAUAUAUAUAUUUAAAAAAAUAUGGAUAUAAUAUUUUAUCAAAGUUAGCAUAGUUUUGAAACAAAUUCUUAAUAACACGUUAACGUUAUAGUGCCUUAAAAACCUUAGAACAUCAAAUUUACUUCUUAUUUUAAUUACCACAACUAUUUCGUGACAAUCUUCCAAGGUCGUGAUAAAAUACUUAAGCAAAGUAUACUUAAAUCGAAAAUUACGUAUUUCCAAUAUCGAUAAAAUCAGAAAUAUAUGGAUGCAUUUUUUUUACCUCGGCGUUAGAUUUUUAUUGAAAAAUUUAGGUCUGUGAAGACGAUGAUUUAGUUCGAAACGCAUUUAUGACUAUGCAGUAAUAAAAAAAUAUAUUCAGUGAGAAUAUUUAUAUGAAAAUUUGUCAACCUUGUAAGGAUACCUCAUUUUUAUGCCUUUCCCUUCAAAUUCUUUAAAAGUCGUCGUUUGGUACAUGAGUUUUUUUGUUUUUUUCUCAGUACUUAGUAAUUUGGUUUUUAUCUGCUUUAUUCUUUAAGAAAUCUUAAAAAUGUAUCAUUUGGCACAUUAUUUUUCUAUUUAUAACUUCAUUUUCUACUUUUUUUGUAUAAUUAACUAAAAACCUCUUUAUCUGGUUCAUUCUUCUGGAAAUUUCCGUAAAAGUGUUAUUUGGUACAUAAGUUGUUCGUUUAUAAAUUGAAUAUUUUCGGUAUCUGCAUUUUCCUACUAUUUUCUUCAAGAAAUCUUAAAGAAAGUGUCAUUUGGUCCAUUAUUUUUCUGUCAAUAUCUUCAUUUUAUUCAGUAUUUUGGUGUAGUUACCUAAUAUUCUCAUUCUCUGUUUUCUUAUUCAACAAAUUUUCAAAAAAGUGACUUGGUACAUAAAUUUUCUGUUGGUUACUUUCAUUUUUUCAAUACCUUGUAUAGUAGGCUCAUUUCUUCUUCAUUCUGUAUGAUAUUUUUUUAGAAAAACGUGAUUUGGUAUAUUAGAACUCAAUUUUUUAAGUUGUUCGUAUAGUUUACUACCAUUCUCAGUUACUUUUUUUACGAAAUCUUCAAUAAAGUAUCAUUUGGAACAUUAUUUCUCUGUUUAUAACUUUAUUUUCUUUAGUCUUUUGGUAUAGUUAACUUAAAUUCUCAUUGUCUGGUUCCUUCUUCAAGAAAUUUCCAAAAAAGUGUCAGUUGGCACAUAAUUUUUCUAUGUAUAACUUCAUUUUCCUUAGUAUUUGGUGUAGUUAUCCAAUAUUCUCAUUCUCUGUUCCCAAAAAAGUAAAUUGGUACAUAAAUUUUCUGUUAGUUACGGUUUUUUACUGAACCAGCUCAUUUUUGCUUAUAUAAUAACCUCAUUUGGUACAUAAGUUUAUAACCAUUAUGAUAUCUUCCAUAUAUUUCCACUCUUUUUGUUUGGAAAUACUUAACUGGAAGAAUCGUACUUAUCUUGUCUAUAAACGAUUAAAAUUAUCAACGAAAUUGUUAUUAAUAAUUUCAUUUGAAGCCAGGGGAAGUUAUUGUCAACUUUAAAAUAAUUUUUCGGUAUUUAGAGCGUGGAGAUGGUUCGUUAAUUAGGAAAGGGUAACAGGGUUUGUUACGAAAAGUAAUAUUUUAAAUUUUUUAUUAACUAACCAAAAAUUGCACUUAACAUAAAACAGUAGUGAAAAAAUUUAUGCGAAAAUAUUGAAUAUACAAUAAAUAAAAAAGGUACUGUUGAAAUUCGACUUUUUUGAAAUUAUUUCGAAACCAAAAAUGAAAUAUCGAAUAAAACGCUUUAGAAUUUGAAAAAAUAACAAAAAAAUUCAAUUUUAUCAAAAAGAAUUAUUCAUAUAUCAAUAUAUGGCUGUUCCUGACAAGGCACGUCUAUUUUUGAGAUAAUUUUUCAAGCUUCUGAGUUCUUUUUCCACCGUGUGUAAACCACAUCACGCUCAGAUCGAUGUAUAGAGCGAAAUGUGGAAUGUUUUCUCUUGGUCGUUGAAAAAAUAUAGUGUACAACACUAGAUAUUUCCAAAUUAGUACCUAAUAGUUGAUGCUUUUAAACAAAUUACUUUAUAUUGUUGAAAAAUAUCAAUUUUCUAUAUGCAGCCUAAUUUUAAAAUCAUUAUUCAGGUUUCUUCACGUAAUUUUAAGAAAGUGUCAAUUGGUACAUAAUUUAUCUAUCAAUAAGUUCAUUUUCUUCUUUUUUUUGCUUACUUAUUCAUGAAAUCUUUCAAAAAGAGUCAUUUGGUACGUAACUUUUCUAUCUAUAACUUACUUUAGAAUUGAAUAUUAACGAAAAUUAGAAAAAACUUUUCACCCAAUUUUUUUUGGAAAAAUUCUCACAAAGGGAUUGACAAAUAUUGCUACACAAUGUAUUGUAGUCAAACUUAUCAACCUUGUAUAUAUAAACUAGUUUUGCAACUCAUUAUUCAGAAAGUUCUCAAAAAAACGUUAUUUGGUAUAUAAGUUAUUUACUUAGAAAAUUAUUUUCUUCAAUACCAUGUAUAGUUAGCAAACAUUCGCACUUUUCUUUACCAAAUCUUUAAAAAAAUGUCAUUUGAUACAUAAUUUUUCAAUUAUUAUUUUCAUUUUCUUCAGUACCUUGAUAUAAUUAGGUAACUUUCUAUUUUUUGCUUUCUUCUUCAUGAAAUCUCUCAAAAAGUGUCGUUUGGUACAUAACUUUUCUAUUUCUAACUUGUUUUAGAGUUGAAUAUUUAUGCAAAUUAGGUAAAACUGCUAUUUACCCAAAUUUUGUGUAUACUUAUUUCAAAAAUGUUUUUAAGGGAAUUGCUAUAUAUUGGGGGAAGGUUUAUUGUGUAUAAAAUAGUAGAAAUUGGCGUUUUCUUUUGCGUAUUAAUUAAAAAAUUACUUUUUUUAUUUUUUGUAAUGUUUGAGCUUGAAUCUUUUUAAAUUUACUUGGUGUUGGGUUCCCGCAUAUGGUACGGACCAAAAUAGAAGUGUCCUUAAUAUUUAACACGACCAAUUUAAGUGUUUUUCCUUGAAUAUAUAUAUUUUGGUACAGGUCAAUUAGCUUAGGAAAAAAAAUUACUUUUCUUAUUACCCUCUUAAUGUAAUCUGUAAUAAAUAAAUUUUACAUCGAGUUAUUUUACAUAGUUUACCUUAUAAAAAAUUACCAUUAUUUUCGUUUUUGUACAGUUUUUUUUUGUUUUUCAAAUUUUUUUUGUUUUUCAAAUUUUUUUUGUUUUUGUGCAUACAGUAUUUUGUAAAUUCUAUAUUUUUAAAUAAUUUAUAUUUUUGUUAGAUGGUUAGUUUACCAAAGAACGCAUUUGUUUGUUAGUGUACCAUUUCAAUUGAAACAUCCUUAUUUACAUCGAUUUUUUUUUAAAAAUUAAUUCAAGAUACAAAAUGGUUGAAAAAAUGAUUGUUCGUCAAAAUUUGAAAAAAAAACAAAUUUUUAAAGUUAAUCCGUACUUAAAACUCCAGUGUGGUUUUUUCAUUGAAAUGGAUCACACUGUAUAAUAAAAAAAAUUUUUAUUAGAUAAUUUAAUAAUAAUAAAAAAAUUAUUUAAACACAUAAAGGAUAUUUGUUCAUAAUUUGGACAAAGUUAUUAAUAGAAAAAAAAUAUAUUUUUCGAUUUGAAUUAUUUAAGGACCUCGUAGGAUCUUAUAAGAAAAGGAUAAUUUAGAAAAUUUCGCCGUUGUCAAUUGGAAAUAUUAGAAAAUGUGCCAAAAGGAAGCCCCAAGAAGAAAUUUUAUCUAAUUCCAAACUUUUUAUUCCAAAUUCAUUGGAUAAUAUGGAAAACGAAGAAAAUAUCAUUGGAAUGAAUUUAAAAAAUUGAAAUUGAAAAACUUGAUACAAAAAAAAUAUCCAGUAAUAAGUAUUUGAUGUUUUUAUACAGUUUCUUGAUGAAUUUUGGAAAAAAUUCUUGGUAUUUUUGAAAAUCUACUAUUCUUGAAUUUACUUGCUUCAUAUGCAAUGGAAAAUGCUUCAUACAUUUUGAUUUCAAUUCGAUUAGAAAAAAAUUCACUUCCAAAAGCUUUACGGUGGAAAAUUUUCUUGGAAAUGGAUCAGAAACGAUAAUUGUGGAUCAUGAGCGAAAUAAUAUCCUUUUUCACUGAAAAAUCCUUGAAUUUGGAUCAGAAGUCGUAUUUGGCUCAGUAAGGAUGAUUCUAGAGGAUAUUCAACUGUUUCUGAAACAAUAAACAAUCAUUGUGGAUCAUAUGAGCGAAAUAAUAUCCUUUUUCACUGAAAAAUCCUUGCAAUUCACUCAAAAAAAUGUUUGAAACAAAAAAAGAUGAUUUUGAAAUUGGAAAUAUCCUUGAACUGUUUUAAUUUUUUUAGAAAAUUGAAUAGGGUGGAGGUUGCAGUAUAUAUUUUCGUUGUAGGGGUUUAAUUUUAAUCUCAAAAUGUAUUUUUAUUUGGAAAUACGAAUUAUUUUGUGUUUAACCCUUUUGCUUAUACAUUCGCACUUAACCUCAAUUUGAAAAUAAUUUUUAUUAGCAACAUUCUACCAACAAAUCUUGUAUUUCUUUAUUUUUACCGUUAUUAUUUGUUAAUAUAUUCAUGUUUUCAAAUUGUACCUUACAUUUAUGAAAUAAGUGGUUGUUUUCAAUAAAAACUGUUUUUUUUUU